UUAUUCAACAAAUAUGCGGAGUUGUUGAAGUCCCUUGAACAACAGUGACUUCAUUUUCUGAAGGGAUAAGUUUGUGGACCUACUUAUCCCCUUUUUUUAAAUUGAAAACUUGGACGGCCCUUGUGGCUCAUUUUUCUCAGAAAAAGAAGUAUGAAUGACCAAAUACAGAAAAAGUGUAAGCGUGCCGCAUGUCAAAAAGAAGAAAUGUGUGAUUUCCAGCAAUCUCUAUUUUGCUAUUUAAAAAAGAUAAAGAUUACAACGUUACCAAUAUAAACAAAUUACUACGAGUACAACUCAUUCUUGAUAGAAAGAGAUAUGCAGAACUUCAGAUCAGCAUCAUCUAUUUUGAGGCGUUUUAUGCAGAAUUCACGAUUUGUUUCUAAAUCCAGAAGCUUUUGUGGUGUCUCUACCAAUGCCCUUAUUGAUGAACCCGAAAGCACCGUUGUAGUGGAGGGGAAAGCCUAUUCAAGAACAGCAAUUCUCAAUAGACCCCAUGUCCUAAAUGCCAUCAAUUGUUCGACUGUGGCGAGGUUGAUGAAGCUGUACAAGAAUUGGGAAGAUGAUCCUGAUAUUGGUUUUGUGGUAUUGAAGGGAGGUGACAGGGCAUUUUCUGCUGGUGGUGACGUUGUCACUCUUUAUAAUUUGCUAAAACAAGGGAACUUUCAAGGCUGUAAAGAAUUCUGUUGGACAAUAUAUAGCUUUGUAUAUGUUGUUGGCACAUACUUGAAGCCACAUGUUGCUCUUUUGAAUGGAAUUACCAUGGGUGGUGGGGCUGGCAUCUCAAUUCCUGGAACUUUCCGUGUCGCAACUGAGAAAACUAUGUUUGCCACACCAGAAACAUUGAUUGGAUACCAUCCUGAUGCCGGGGCAUCAUUUUACCUUUCUCGCCUCCCUGGUUACUUGGGAGAGUACCUGGCCCUAACUGGAGAUAAGAUGAGUGGAGCUGAAAUGGUUUCCUGUGGGCUUGCUACACACUACUCACACAGUGCAAAACUCCCGUUGAUUGAGGAACAACUUGGAAAGUUGAUUACUGAUGAUCCCUCGGUGAUUGAAAGAUCUCUUGAAAAUUGUGGAGAUAUUGCCCAUCCAGAUCCGGCGAGUGUACUUCACAGGAUUGGAAUUCUUGAUAGAUGUUUCAGCCAUGACACAGUCGAAGAAAUUAUUGAUGCUUUGGAGAGCGAGGCAGCCAAGAAGCAAGAUGCAUGGUGUGUUGCAACAUUGAGAAAACUACAAGAAACAUCCCCAUUGAGCUUGAAGGUUUCACUGAGAUCUAUACGCCAAGGUAGACAUCAGACUCUGGACCAGUGCUUAAGGCGUGAGUAUCGGAUGUCACUGCAAGCUUUAUCUGGACAAAUAAGUAACGACUUCUGUGAGGGGGUUCGCUCGCGGCUUGUGGAUAGAGAUCUUGCACCUAAGUGGGAUCCUCCAAGCUUGGAGAAAGUAACCGAUGACAUGGUCGAUCAGUACUUUUCUCGGCUAACAGCAUCCGAGUCUGAACUGGAGCUACCUACACAGCAGCGAGAAGCAUUUACAUAAUAGGAGAACAUAGACAAAGGAGAAAGAAAAUAUGUGAAUAUCAUUUAUCUUUCUUUACAGAACAAAACACUGAGCAAUUCAGUCCUGAUAUAGUUACAUUUGCAAAUCUGGUCUUUCCUAUAUUGAAAAUAACCAAGUAUAUGCCUUGCAAAUCACACUUCAUAUACGGAGCAUAAGAGUGGACAGUUUGGGAAGUCAAAUUGAUGACGAACAUUUCAUCUCAAUGAAAGAAAAAAGAACAACUAACGCUGUUGGUCAUACUUUGCUACGGGGAGUUGAAUGAUGUGAUUGCUUACCCUUUUCGUCGUCGUCUUCUUUUUUCAGAAGAUCCUUGGAGGAAUUUAUCUGAUAUAUGCUCAGUGUUAUUGAAUAUCUAAAUUUUACUUUUAACAAAUUAAGUUGACUGAUUCAA